GGUGCUGGAUUUAAGCUGCGAGCUGGAUCGGCCGCCAUUGCCUACUGCCUGCCUUGCUGCCAGCACGGCAGAGAUACGGGGACUUAACAUAUUGGGAUAACUUGCUACCUGGAUGUUGUAGCAGAGAUGCAGUCCCGCAGUUCCAUGGUCGUGGCUCUCUGGCUGGCGGUACUGUGCUGUGACGUCAGUGCUUUCUCCAUCAGGCGUCGCGAGUCGCCCAGCACGGAUCUUUCCGAGGCCUUCCGAGUGUUAGAGCGUCAGCGGCGGCGGAUCCGAGAGGAGGAUUAUCUGGCGGCCUCGCGGUUGCCCGAGCCCCGGGUACAGCUCUCACCCUCAGAUCUAGAAGACUGGGGUCAGGGGGUACCAAGCAGGGAGGAAGAGUGGUUGCAAGAUGCUUAUGGUUUAUCGCCUUAUGAUGAGGACUCGUAUGCAGUGCCCGAACUUGUGGACGAAUCCAAUCAGUCGAAUGAAGGUCCUAUACCUGAGAAAGUUGAAACAUCUCAAGAGGAGUUACAAAGUAUAUUUGGAGACUCGGACAAGGAUGCUGAGGAGGAGGAUUCAGUAGAUGAAGAACAAGACAAUGGAAAAGAAGUUACCGAAACAUCUGAAAGUGAAGUAAAAGGAAACGAAUUAGAUAACCUUACUGAAGACGAGUUCAAAGCGUUAAUGAGCGCAGUAGAAAAAUUACAAAAAAGAGCUUUGAGUAAAAAGGACAUCAAAAACAGUGCAGUUAAAGUCACCACCACAGAUCCGGUCCCUGUAAGUAAAGAGGAGUUGAGUGAAGUGUUUGAUGACUCGGAGGAUGACAAUCAACCUGAUUCUGAUGCUGUCGUACAUGAAGUUUCAGACGUUGCCAUUGGAGAGCCUACUCCAUCCAAGGAAGAAAGGCUUCAGGAGGCAAAUGACCAGGUAGCAAACGAAGAGGUUUUAGGCGAAAAGGAUCCGUUGACUUCUAUAGAGAACUACUGGUUGCUGAAGGAUUACUUUAACGGCGACGAGAAACGAAAGAAGAGAUUUACAAAACGGGCACCUGUAGCCAAACCCCCAAAUUCAGUUCCUCUUGAGGAAACAUACAUGAAGGAGAUCCAGACGCUCCGGGAUGAGAUCCAGCAGUUGAAGAUGGUUUCAGAGCUGGAGGAUUUGGAAAAUGAUGCCUUGACCCAGACACUGAAUGAAGCCACCCUGUCGCAGAUGGAAGGCACAGUGUCAGACAAGGAGUUUGGUUCUCUGGAACAGGCCAUUAAGCUUGAGGAAGCUCUUCAGGAUCUCAAAAACGGCAAGGUUGAUCCUCUGAUCGUGGAGCUGAUUGCUGCUAAUGCCUUAGGGGGAAAUGUAGGGGAGAAGCGUGGAGAACCGGUGUGGAAGAAGAAGAAGAGGAUGGAUGAAGCGGAUCUGGAACAGAGUUACCCAAUGUUUCCUAGUGACAAGAGAGCGGCCAAGAGGAUGUUGAUGUUGCCUAGUAACAAGAGGUCACCCAAGCGUGUGCAGGAGGAGGAGGUGAACCGCUGGUAUGACCGACCAAUCGAAGAGGAGGAGGAGGCGGAGGAAGAACAGCGCUAUCUUGAUGCCCAGGACGCGAUCGAUGCCAUGGUAGGACGGCUGGCAGAGUCGGAACAGAACGACUUCACCGACGAUGACAUUGAGAGUCAAGACAACUACAACAGGAUGGCAAUGGCGCCUUACUACAAGAACACGGACAAGAGAGUAGCAAGCUACCAAGACAGCACCCCGCCCAACUCAGGUGUGUGUCCCUCUGACGAGCUGCUGACCAACUGCAAGUUUGCCGACCUGCAGGGCCUGCCUAUCGACGACGAGGCAAGGGAGCUGUGUAACAGACAUGAGAUGUGUUAUACUUGCGGCGCCACUACCCACGUGAAGCAGGGCGAGUGUGACAGCCUCUACCGGGCCGAUGCUGAAGCCUUAUGUGACGAUGAUGGCGACUGUGUGAUAGAGGCCGAACUAUUCCUCCGGGAACUCAAGUUAAAACACCGUUACAGCACGUAUUACGAACCAGCUUGCGACAAUUCCUGCACAGCGGAAUAUAUUGGUCUCUAGAGGGCUCUGCAGAGUUACCUACCCUGUCUCCCAGAGACGGGAGUGUUUACAACUGAUUGGCCGAAACAAACGUUUGCCCGACCAACCGGUGACGAGAAGCAAUUUGCGGAUAUCAUAGGAUAUGACUGAUUGUUGAAAGGAUCGUAUAAAACUGACAGGCUUGAGAAGGUGACGAAGGACAAAGAAUUUAACCCAUCAGCAAGAUUGGACGUCCCGCCGUGUGGUGGCAAUAGACGGAGUGAUAUGAAUAUAUUAGCCGUAGUUUUGUAACACACGGUGGGUUCAAAACCAUUUUACAUCACGACAACCAGAAAUCACUCAUUGGUGUGUUCGUUUAAUCAUUAGGUGUCUUUCUAAAGCAAAGUGUAGAAGGUCCUGGUUUGUGUUCAAAUUGAGUUUGGUGGUAGACUGUUUGGUGCUAGCUACAGCGUUGGGUUAACGAUAGAAUACUUAAAGAUAUAUUUAUUUUAACAGAGAUGAUUUUGCAAGCUAAACGUUUUCAUUAUAAUGUUGAUAGACAAUUCUCACAUUAGAUGUCGUUUCGUAGUCUUGUUUAUACUGGUUUCUGAUGUCGUACAUAUUUGAAAUAAUUACGUUUAUUAUAUACGUGUCAGGUAUUUGUCGUAACAUGGGUUUCAAGUACGUAACAAGCUUUCAGUUACAUUGUCACAGUUACUCUGCAUUUAAUUAUCAAGAACAUGAUUUCCAUACGCUUGGGCUUACAGUUAUGUUCAUAUAGACAAUCAAUUGCAUGUCUUGUCAGUAUCUAUUUUAAGGUCGAGAAUAAUUAUUUAUCGUAUGGCGUUGUUGUACUUAACUGUAAAAUGCUGAGAUUGUUUUGACAUUUGCAACUUAAAUCUAAUCGCGCCAUGAACUCCUUUGUAAAAUUAAUUCCAAGGCUAUUGAAAUGUUACAUAUUUGGCCCGAAAGCACCAUUGGGAAAUUAGACAAAAUUAGAACGUGGUCAUUUCAUAAUUUAGACUUAAUUCACUCGCAAGUCACACGGACAUUAGGUUAAUCAGAUGCGCUGACUAUGUAAUACAUUAAUGUAAAACACAUGCACAAUGCGGCAAUGGUUACCUUCAACCAGAAUGGUGUUCUGAAUAGUUCACAUACAUGAUACUUCUGUUUUCAAAACACUGCAAGGAAAAAACAAUGUACAGCUGUUUACAGACAGGGUGUUUCUGUCAUCUACACCCACCAGUGAAGCACAAUGUACAGUUGUUUACAGGCAGGGUGUUUCUGUCAUCUACACCCACCAUGGAAACCCAAUGUACAGGUGUUUACAGGCAUGGUACCUCUGCCAUCUAAACACAUGGAAACCCAAUGUACAGCUGUUUACAGGCAGGGUGUUUCUGUCAUCUAAACACAGGGAAACCCACUGUACAGCUGUUUACAGGCAGGGUACCUCUGGCAUCUAAACACAAGGAAACUCAAUGUACAGCUGUUUACAGGCAGGGUACCCCUGGCAUCUAAACACAAGGAAACCCAUUGUACAGCUGUUUGCAGGCAGCGUAGCUCUGGCAUCUAAACACAAGGAAACUCAAUGUACAGCUGUUUACAGGCAGGGUACCUCUGUCAUCUAAACCCAUCAAGGAACCGAACGUACAUCUGUUUACAGGCAGGGUAUGUCUGUUAUCUAAACACAAGGAAACCCAAUGUACAGCUGUUUACAGACAGGUUAUUUCUCUCAUCUAAACCCACCAAGGAAACUUCAAUGUACAUCUGUUUACAGGCAGGGUACCUCUGUCAUCUAAACACAGGGAAACCCACUGUACAGUUGUUUACAGGCAGGGUACCUCUGGCAUCUAAACACAAGGAAACUCAAUGUACAGCUGUUUACAGGCAGGGUACCCCUGGCAUCUAAACACAAGGAAACCCAAUGUACAGCUGUUUACAGGCAGGGUGUCUCUGUCAUCUAAACCCACCAAGUAACCCAACGUACAUCUGUUUACAGGCAGGGUACGUCUGUUAUCUAAACACAAGGAAACUCAAUGUACAUCUGUUUACAGGCAGGGUAGCUCUGGCAUCUAAACACAAGGAAACUCAAUGUACAGCUGUUUACAGGCAGGGUACCUCUGUCAUCUAAACCCACCAAGUAACCCAACGUACAUCUGUUUACAGGCAGGGUACGUCUGUUAUCUAAACACAAGGAAACCCAAUGUACAGCUGUUUACAGGCAGGUUAUUUCUGUCAUCUAAACCCACCAAGGAAACCCAAUGUACAGCUGUUUACAGGCAGGUUAUUUCUGUCAUCUAAACACAAGGAAACCCACGGUACAACUGUUUACAGGCCGAGUGUCUCUGUCCUCCAAACACACACACGAAGCACAGUAUACAGGUGGUUACAUAUAUCCUGUAUCUUUCAUCUAAACACACCCAGAGAUUUCUCGAAACUCCGAUCAAUCAUUCCUGAUAUUGACACCCGAAAUCUCAUAGUACAGAUGUUUCUUGAAAAAAACUCAUCUACAUAGCUAUGUCCACUACAUUUUGAGGAAUGCAUCGACAAAUAUCAUGGACGAUAUUGGUGACACUUUGACCUAUCUGGUCUUCACUGGAACUUGUUAAUCCGUGGUGCCAUACCGGAAUCUGAUCCUGAUUAUUCUGAAUAUUGGAACCAGUGUGCAAUCCGAAUUCCGUAUAUAAACCCACCGAAACUGUAAGUUAAGUUAUAAAAAAAUAUUGUUUCUGGAAAGAACAAUAGCUAAUUCCAAGAAAACUUUCUGAUAUGUGUCAGGUACUUGCACCAUCAAUGGUGGCGCCAAGUACGUAAAGGUGUUCACAUUUACUGUUAUGAUGGGGUUUUCCGUUAUGUUUUGUUUAAGGAAUUGAUAUAUCUGUGUAGACGGGGAGUAGUUACCGUAUCGCUUUUACCAUUGUCCAGCUGUGGCCUAUACUUCAACCCAAACGCUCCUGGUAUUCUUCAAUGUUGAUUGUUGAUCUUGUUUCUUUCUGCAAAGUUUGCUGUCUAUCAAUCAAAUAACAUCUGUAAAUUAUUGUUGAAAAUAAAUGACUGUGAUAAAC